UGCCUUACUGCGAUGAUGUCACGACGCGGCCAUUUUGAAUGCACUGUGUUGGCGGUUUUUGCGAUUUUAUUUAUCAGUCCGUUUAUUUCCGCCCCUUGCUCAAGAAGGAUAAAAAUGGACCGACGAAGAAUGGGCAGAGCCUCGAGCAGAGCCGCAAGCAGGCUGUCUGAGCUGCCCAUGCGAGUGCAUGACUCCAACAGGAUGAGCACUGCGUACACAACUCCCCGCAGUGACAAGCCUUCAAUGGGAAAGCUCAGCAUAUCCAAACCACUGUCACAGACAUCUGACCGGCAGAAAAGCUUCUUUGGUCAACGUGCAAGUGGAGCCAGUAUGCCACGCAGCAGCUCCAUUUAUGGCUUUGGAGGACCAGAGAAACUCAAAGAUACACGGCCUCUGCAUGACAAAGCCUUUGUUCAGCAGUGCAUCAGACAGCUUCAUGAGUUCCUGACAGAGCUUGGAUACAAUGUGGCACCCAAGACGCUCCAGUCACCGUCCACCAAGGAGUUUGUCAAGCUCUUUGAGUUCAUCUAUCGUCAGCUGGAUCCCACUUUUGAAAUGCCCAGCUCCAAAGUAGAGGAGGAGGUUCCAGCUCUCCUUAAGUCGCUCAGAUAUCCGUAUGUUCUCUCCAAGAGUUCCAUGUACUCCGUGGGAGCUCCCCACACAUGGCCUCAGGCACUGGGUGCCCUGAUGUGGUUAAUUGACAAUGUCAAGAUCUGCACAAGCCUGAACCAGCAGGAUCUGCUCUUCAGCGACUUCUGCGAAGGCAGCGACAACAUUGAUGACAGCGCAGAUUACAAUCGGCUUUUUCUGGACUACACAGGAACCACAUACACCAAAUUCAUGCAAGGCGAGGACACCUAUGAGGAGGACGACGAGGCCUUCAUCUCUGAAUUGAAGAAGAUGUGGCGUUAUGAUGAAGAGCUGCUGGUUGCCAUGGAGCAGAAGCACAAGAUGAUGAUGGAAGAGGUUGAACGACUGGAGAAGGAAAACCAAAAGGACCGUCUCCAGGUCAAGAGGACGGAACAGAUGAGGCUGCAGUCAGACCUCCAUAAGCUGCGUGACUAUUCUGCCCAAGUGGAGGCCUUCCAAGCAAAUCAAGAGAAAAAGUACUCAGAGCUGGAUGAUGAGCUGAACCGCGCUGCCGGCAAUCUCGAGUCUCUUAAACUCGAGCAGGGCGAGCUACAAAAGGUCCUGCGCAACCAAAAGUACAAGCCGGAGGACGUACAACGGAUCAACCGGGAGAAGCGGGAGCUUCAGCAGGCCAUCGCCAGUCAGAGCCAGUCUCUGGAACACGCCCAGCAGUCCAAGUGGAGCGAAGAGAUCGCGCUGGCCAAAGUCAAAGAGAAGGCUGAGCUGAAGCUUAGCGAGUAUCACAAGCUGGCUCGCAAGCUGAAGCUGAUACCGAUAUCUGCGGAGAAUGCCUGCGGCCAUGACUUUGAACUCAGGCCUUUUGAAUAUGGACCUGCGAACGUCCAUCUCAACUCACAGACACAGAUGCUUUUGAAAAAGCUGACCAAUGACGUGGAAGAGGAUCGCAGUCGACUGUCCAACAGCAAGUUCAGUCUGGAGCAGUCUUGUGAACAGGCGAUGUCCAACAUCUUCGACAAGGAAAACGACCUGAAGCAGCUGAGAGAGCAGAUCCGCAAGGUGGAUGACCGCUGGGAUGCCAGCCGGAAGGAGGUGGAGCGAGAGGACAAACAGUGGGCGAAGGAGGUGGAGAUGGUGGAGAGCAAUCGCAAUCUUCUCGAGGAGAAGAUCAACUGGGGUUACGAGGAAGCCAUGCAGGAGAAUAAGGCACUGAAGCAACAGUACCAUCUGGUGCUGCUGGAAACCAACGAGCAGAGACGAACGGUCUGCAACAACCUCACGAGUAUGUUCACCACAGCAGCAGACCACUUGUCUGCCACAGAGAAUUGUCUGAAGGACCUGCUCAGCCACAGUCAGCACUGCUACUCGAAGGCAUUGGAGGACGAUGAGAAGGCCGUGCAGGGGCUUAAGAAGAUGGUGGAGGACUUCAAGUUGAAGGUGCAAAAAUCCUUCGAAGAUUAAACGAUGUUCAUCAUUUUUCCGAUUGUUUAAAAGAAUAGUUUUCUUGUGUUCUGUUAACAUGUGAUUAAUAAAGCAUAUUUGAAAUAAAAACGUAUUG